AUGACGCAGAGACACCGGCAGGGCUUCGGUCGCGGGUCGAACAAGAGCAGCAACAACACCGCCAACUCAGCAAACAGCAACGCUAGCAGCGCCAACAACACCGGCCCUAACACACCCAGUGGCAGCAUCAAUAACAACAAUAGCAACAAUAGCAACAAUAGCAGCAGCGGCAACAAUGGCGGUAACCUACCACACAGGGCCGCCGACGGUUCUGGCUUCCCGCCGUCUUAUCCCCACAAUCAAGCAGCCAUGCCAGCCCCUCCAUCUGCGGCCCUAGAGCCAGCGCAGCCCGACCAGCGGGACUCGAUCAAGUAUUUCUUCCAGGAGAAGUACGCCUCGUUAAACGUCAAGGGCAACUUCUUGACCCUCUGUGCCUGUCCGAAGAACGUCGAGCUUGGCGAGUGGCUCGCCCACCAGGUUGUCGAACAGAACCGCCUGCUCCAUGACGGCAAGGCUGCAAGGAUAUCCGCCCCCAAGUUCAUCAACCGGGUCGAGAAGUGGAUCGUCAGCAAGAUUCACGACCCUGUCAUGUUCCCUACGGACCCGGUAACCUCGACUCCCUUCACCUUUGGCUACAACGAACAGGCCAACGGUGAGAAUGCAAGUGCCCAGAACGCCGACCCCUCGCAGGACUGGAUCGGAAAGUCGAGCGGUUUCCCCCCGACCUUUUACAAGGACUGUCAGGGCAUCAUGAAACAGAUGUUCCGCUGCUACGCUCACCUCUACCACGGCCACUGGGAGAACCCUUUCUGGCACAUCAACAAACAUGAGGUCCUGAACAUGUGCUUUGUCCACUUUGUCACCGUCGCCAAAUACUACAAGCUGGUUUCAGAUAAAGAGCUCGAGCCCAUGCAGCCCCUGAUUGAUAUUUACACCAAGCAGGAGAAGAUACCUCCUGAAGCCCUUGCCGGUCACUGGGCUCAGCACUCAUCCCAACCCUCCCAGGCAUAA